AUGGCAGAGGCUCGAGAGAAAACAUUCAAACGUGAGAUAUGUGGCAAAGGAUUUACUCACAAAAGGCAGCUCAAGAAUCAUUUUAAAUCACACUUCCCUGAUGAGCCAGAAAAUCAAAAACAGAAGUGUGAAAUUUGUGGAAAGAUGCUCAGCAGUGUGCAAAGAAAAACUGUACAUAUGAAACAACAUACGGGAGAAAGACCAUACAAAUGUGAUGUAUGUGGAAAAAGCUAUUGUGAUAAAGGUGCCUUGAAAAAGCACAUUAUUCGACAUUCUAAAAAAUUCACGUGUGAAAUAUGUGACAGACCAUUUGGAUGUCGUUCUGCAUUAACAGAUCACAUGCCACUCAUACCAACGAAAAAUAUUUUGAAUGCACUAUUUGUCAAGUGUUAUUUUCUAGGAAAAACAAUUUAUAUCGGCAUAUGA